AAUUAAAUACCAGACAUACUUUGACCAAGACUGGCUUUACAGCACUGGAAAAAAAACACUUUUAAUUAGAAAAGAUCUCUGAUUUGAGGAGAUACCUAUUGGACUGGAGAAGACGCGCCACUUACAAGAGAUAAAGGACAUAUAUAAAAAAUAAAAUCUUGCCACUCUUGAGUGCAAUUCCCAUUGCAGAAGAUGUGUUCUACUGUGUGUUUGAUCUUUUUACUUCUGUGCGUAAUGAACGCGGCACUUUCUACACCAUUUGAAUCAGAGGAUAUUGUACCUGUUCGGAUAAAUGGAAGAGUCAGCGGUCGCUUUUGGAAAAGGAGCGAGGAACAGCCGAGAUUUAUCCUCAGUGCAUUUGGCAAGGACUUGACUCUAAAUCUUAUUCCAGACACCAGCUUUAUCGCGCCUUCCUUCACCAUCCAGCGCAUCAAAGCCAGUCAUGUUGGUACUUUACGCAGCGCUUCAGGUGGCCAGCCUGUCGCGGAUCUCCAGAAAUAUAUAAACCAGACAGAGGAGAGUGAAGGAGAGCUCAGGAGCUGCUUUUACUCGGGGAAUGUAGAUCACGAUCAAAGCUCGGUUGUGGCUGUCAGCUUGUGCUCUGGCAUCUUUGGCUCCUUCAUAACUGAGGGGAAAGAGUAUUUAAUUGAGCCCAAACUUCGCGGCGGCCUGGGGCCAGACUCUGCCGAGCAGCUGCAUGUCAUCAAGAGGAGGACAUUCACUGAAAGCCCCGGUGUUCCCCUCCUGUUUGAUCACGCGGCGGCGGAGAGCCGAGAGGAGAAGCACAACGGGGAAAGUUUUACGCACGGCGACAGUGACGCACGGAGGGAACCUCGCCGUAGACGCUUUGUUUCCGCGCCACGGUUCAUAGAGACCCUGGUGGUAGCAGACUCAACCAUGGCCCACUUCUAUGGAGAUGAAAUAAAGAACUACAUUCUGGCCCUGAUGUCCAUGGCGGCCCAGCUUUACAAGCACCCCAGCAUAAAGAAUUCAGUAAACAUGGUGGUGGUCAAGAUGUUGGUGGUGGAGGAUGAAGAGGUCGGCCCACAGGUCUCCAGCAACGGAGGUGUGGCUCUGAGGAACUUCUGUUCCUGGCAGCAGAUCUUCAACCCACCGAGCCAGAGGCAUCCAGAGCACUAUGACACUGCCGUACUAUUCACCAGAGAGGACAUCUGUGGACAGAAAAGCUGCGACACGUUGGGUGUGGCCGAUGUCGGGACGAUGUGCGAUCCCAAGAGAAGCUGCUCGGUUAUCGAGGAUAACGGCCUUCAAGCUGCGUUCACAGCUGCACACGAGCUCGGUCAUGUGCUGAGUAUGCCUCAUGAUGACUCAAAGACCUGCGAGAGGCUGUUUGGAGAUCUGGGAGGACAUUACCUGAUGGCGCCUCUGUUUGUUAGCCUCAACAAGACUGCGCCUUGGUCUCCCUGCAGCGCUCUCUAUAUCACAGAGUUCUUUGAUAAUGGACAUGGGGACUGCCUGCUGGAUGUCCCAGAGAGUACCAUGCCGUUACCCAGAGAGCUGCCGGGCAUCAAGUACAGCCUGGACCAGCAGUGCCAGCAGAUCUUUGGAGAAGAGUUUGUCCAAUGCCCCAACUCCUCAGACAGUGAUGUUUGUAGCCAGCUGUGGUGUCAGGAGGACGGGACACAGCAGUGCGCCACCAAGAACGGCAGCUUGCCCUGGGCCGACGGCACUCCCUGUAGCCUCAACGGGACCUGCCUCCAUGGAUCGUGCAUGUCCACUCAGGAGGUGAUGCAGCCGCUGGUGGUUGUGGACGGCGGCUGGAACUUGUGGGGGCCGUGGCAGCAGUGCUCCAGAACAUGUGGAGGCGGGGUGGAGUUCUCCUACAGGGAGUGCACUGACCCUGUGCCUCAGAAUGGAGGAAAGUACUGUGAGGGACAGAGGGUUCAGUACCAGUCCUGCAACGUGCAGCUUUGUGACAACAACGACGGAAAGAGUUUCAGAGAGGAGCAGUGUGAGAAGUACAACAGCCUUAACUACCUGGAUUUCAAUGGGAACAUGAAACAGUGGAUCCCAAAGUAUGCUGGUGUUUCUCCCAGAGACAGAUGUAAGCUGUUCUGCAGGGCCAGGGGCAGCAGUGAAUUCAAGGUGUUUGAAUCCAAGGUGAUAGACGGGACGACCUGUGGCCCUGACACCACAUCAGUGUGUGUUCAAGGCCAGUGUGUGAAGGCCGGCUGCGACCAGGUGAUUGGCUCCAACAAGAGAGUGGAUAAGUGUGGAGUGUGUGGAGGAAGUGGACUCACCUGUAGAAAGAUAACAGGCUCCUACAACAGAGUGACCUAUGGAUACAGUGACAUUGUCACAAUUCCCAUUGGUGCUACUAACAUUGACAUCAAACAGCGGAGCCACAGAGGAAUCAAACAUGAUGGGAACUAUCUGGCUAUAAAGAGAGAGAGUGGCACUUACAUCCUCAACGGCAACUUCUCUGUAUCCACGGUGGAGCAGGACAUUCCUGUUCUGGGUGCUGUGUUAAAGUACAGCGGCUCCUCCACCACGCUGGAGAGGAUCCAGAGCUUCAGGCAGCUGAAGGAGGCCAUCACCAUCCAACUCCUCGCCACUGCGGGAGAUGACAACCCUCCUAAGGUCAAAUAUACCUUUUUCAUCCCUAGAGAUGUGACCUUCAACAAAUCCAAGGAGAGGAAGUCUUUGCAUGUGAUCCAUCCAUUUGGUGUGCCUGACUGGGUGCUGGGUGAGUGGUCUGAGUGCUCCAAGAGCUGUGGCUCCGGAUGGUCCAGGAGGAACGUUGAAUGCAGAGACAACGCUGGCUUCCUUUCCAGCCAGUGUGACAAAGACCUGAAGCCCACAGACAUCAGGCCCUGCGGGGAUCUGCCAUGUCCCAUAUGGCAGAUGGGACCCUGGUCCGUCUGCUCACGAACUUGUGGCCAGGGGGAGCGCCGCCGCAGUGUCUUCUGCAUAGACUACACUGGGAAGACUGUUGAGCCAGAAAAGUGCGAUCUGAACAAAAUGCCAGAGCCAGUCUCUGGAGAAUGCGUCAAUCAAGAGUGCUUAUGAAGAACAUUAGUAUCAUGAACUUUCCCUUUUUGGUCUAACUGCACUUACUGACCAUGGAUGGAUUACUGAAUGAGCACACUGGGCACUGAGCACAGGCCCAGGGGCCCAAGGGGUCAGGGGGCAGAGACACAGCACAACCACAAAGAGACACAUAAUGACCACAAAAGAUGCAAAUAAACCACAAAACGACCACAAGACCACAAUAACAAAGAGACUCCUUACAACCACAAAUAGACAUAAAAGUUAAUACCAAGACACACAAAAUAACCACAAAGAGACACAAAGUGAACACCAAGAGAAACAACACAACAAUGAAGAGACACUAAGCCACAAUGAGACAAAAUCCAAACAAUAAGAGACAAAAAAACAAUGACAGGGAGACACAAAAUGACCACAAGAGACACAAAACAACCACACAUUGACACAAAGACAAACAAAUGACUACAAAGAGGCAGAAAACAACCACAAAGAGACAAAGUGACCACAAUGAGACACAAGCCAAUCGUAAAGAUACAAUGAGCAAACUGCAAGACACAAAACAACCUCAAACUGACCACAAAAAGACAAAACUACUGCAAACAACAUUUCUUUUACAUCCUAUUAAAUGUCUGCGCCCAGGGUUCUAGUCACAUAAUCCAUCCAUGUUACCAACUGGUCGCAUCAAGUCACAUCAGGGGCAUUUGCCUGAAUAUUGUUUUGUCAUCUUUUGUUGACAUUUGACAACCACUAUUGAGAUUUGAAACAAUGGAAAUCUACCUCAGGAUGUACAUGUGAUGCUAUGUAUAGAUGCUAGAUGAAGGUGCUGUGUGUGUUUUCUCCAGAAAGAGAAGUUUUCUCGUAACGCUUUAAACUGUAACUAACUUUCUGAAUGAAGUCUGGUGUAAUCUGCAGUGUGUCUUUCUAAGUUAGCUAUAAUUUAACGCGGGGCUAGAACAAUGGCAUGAAACCUGCUGUCAAACACCAGCACAGUGUAUAUAUACCUCCAAUUGUCCUUCACAGAACUCAAACCCCUAUAAAGCUUUGAUCGAGCCAUUGACCUGUUGUUGAGGUGUGUACGCACGAUUUAUGCAUUGGAAUUUUAAGCCUUUGGAAAAUGUGCUCUUCUUUGAUUGUUUCUCUCUUCUAUACAAACAAACAAACAAAAUGUGUGUUUUUAUCCUGAAAAUUUGCAUUGUUGAACUGAAACACUAAUUCUGUCAAUAUUUUGGACUUUAAAAAGUGCUAGUUACAGCCUACAUCAGAGCAGACUGUUUAAAUGACGAACUAGAAGGAUAUAAUUUAUAAAAAAACGAAUAGAUUGAGUUUACACGGUGUGUAACAUGAAUUAGCCUAGAUACUGAGUGGUCGUUCAUGACCAGAGAAAGGCAUGACAGAGAAUUUCCCUCCACCUUGUAAUUUUAUUUUAGCCUUUUCGCAGGUGCAUUAUAAUGCAGUUGUGGUGAACAGUGGUACCAACAAUUUGAAAUGCCACAAAUGUUUCUUUGGAGAUGUCAUUACUAAGUGAAGCGAUAAGCAUACUAUCUAUCGUGUAUAUGAAAAAUAACAUUAAUUUUAUUCAUUUCCAGACUUUUUUUUGUUACGGCAUCAUAUGCAAACACUCACAGUUGUUUUUUAGACUCUUGUAUGUAUAUUUGAUUUCUUCAUUCCUGUUGUUAAUUUACAUUAUGUUAUAAAACAAAAGAGAUGGAGCAUUAGGCCUAUAUCCCUUCAGUGAAGGACCAUACUAUUUUAUUAUUACAGCUUCCUUUUUAAGCUAUUUAUUUUUGUAAAAUUUUUACUUUGGACAUGUAAUUAACAUGGCAGAUGCUGCUGUCUUUGAGAUUUUUGUCUAUAAAAAUGGUCAAAUAAACACAUUUAUGUCAA